AGUAUCCUCGCAAUACAGUGGCAUUACCUCUUGAGUUGAUCUCAUCUGGCCCGUGACACGCCAAGCCCAAGUGUUGCCUCUCCGCAGUCUAAGGGACAAGUGUGUAACAGGGGUAGGGUGAAGCUGGUGCGCCACGGCGUCCUCUUUGUUACGCCCCUCAACACAAAGGUACCUUACGCACUGCUUUCUCACUACUUCGUACACACCCGUAUUGGCCCCAAUGCGCCACAAGGACUGUCUGUGCGGAAAUGGUUUCAACACUUUCGGUCACCAUGCGACCAGAUAACUACCAGAGUAUUGCUUUGGUAAAAGCACUCGCCUAGAUCGGUACGUUUAGUUCCUUCACCCAUGAACCCUACAUUGAUGCUCCCCUCAGCCAUAGAGAGAGAGCUCGUUGCCCACCAUGAGUGCUUCGCCCUCAAUGUCUCCAAACGACUCGCAAGUGUCGACCGUCAUUGCCGUCGUUAGCUGCGUCCUCUUCGUGGCCUUCCUCGCUGUGGCCAUGCGAGUCUACGCCAGGGCCGUUUUAAUCUCACAGUUUGGCAUGGACGAUUACGCCAGUAUCGUCUCUUUUGUGUUCGUCUUUAUCUGCGGAUUUUUUGUUGCAUGGAAUACGAGGUUUGGCUUCGGUACGCACGUCGCCUUUCUCACAGAGGAGCAGAUCCGGGCGUACUUGAAGAUAUUCUACAUCUCGGUAGUAUUCUACAACGUAGCUAUGGGAGCUAUCAAGACAACCUUCCUGCUGCAGUACUACCGAGUCUUCGCUCGCCCGAUGGUCAGAAAUGUCAUCAUCGGCGCCGGAGUCGUCAUAGGUGGAUGGAGCACGUCCCAGAUCUUCCUCGCUAUUUUCGCCUGUACCCCAGUGUCCGCCUUCUGGACCGGCGAGGGCACUUGCAUAGACAACCUCCCGGCUUGGUAUGUCAACGCUACAGGCAACAUCAUCACCGACUUGAUUGUCCUCAUUCUACCUCUGCCCGUCAUAAAAAAUCUCAACCUUGCCAGCCGGCAAAAGAUCAUCCUCUUGGGCGUCUUUUGCCUGGGUUUCUUGACCUGUGCUAUCUCGUUUGUUCGAAUUCGCUUCCUCAAGCUGUCGCAGGACUUCACGUGGACGAACGUGGAGGCUGCUGCUUGGUCUAUCAGUGAGCUCUGCUCCGCCCUGACAUGUGUCUGCUUGCCAACGCUCCGGCCUCUCAUUUCCCACCACUUCCCUGGGCUCCUCAGCAGCCGCGGGACGUCAUCACAAAAGACGCAUUACCCCAACCCGGGGUCUGGGGCUGCUAGCACGGGGCCCGGUGAACUCGGACCUGGUGACCGAUCGAGACGCACCUUACAGAGGACUGAGAGCAACGACGAACUGUACGGUACGCUCUUUAGCCUGACGCGCUCCGAUUCAAGCCUAGAUGGUCAGCAUGACAGCGUGCCGUCGGCGUCAUCCAAGGGGAUGGACAGGUUCCAGCCGGAUCGCAAUCUCGCAAAGGUCACGACAUGCAUCACUGGGAGCCAGAGCUGGCCCCAAGGCGGGAAGCGGAUACAUGAGAGCUCCAUAGAGAUUGAGCUCGAGAUAACGCAGGCGAUCUCGCAGGAGACUGAAAAUAAAGAUUUCUCUUAGCCAUACCUUCGUCUUCAGGUCAAUCCAGGUGGGAAAGGGAUGUAUGACCUUGUGGUGGUGUAACUACUAAUGACAUGUAAAAGUCUGUGAACGGUGACUGACCCAGCUAUUGAUGUAAUAGACCCAGCUUUCAACUAAGGAAAUAGGUAGGAAUUACUGGAAUAGUAAUAGCAGCUCUGGGAGGCAGGGCUGCUAUCUCAAAGACGUGGCUUGGAAUGACCAUAGGUUCUGAAGUUGUAACCGCCAUAUG